GUAGCGGAGGAUCGCAGGCUCAGAGUCACAGCAGCACCGGACCGGUAAUGGUAUAUGUGUGUGUGUCAGUGGCACACACCUCAGUGCGCACUGCAGCUCUCCAGCCUCACUGGCACUUUCCUCUGUGAUCAUCUGUAAAUAGAGCAUGUUGUUUGAGUGCUGCCCUGAGCUCGCGAACCUGCGCUGAUCAUAAAAACUCGAGACCGGAGAAACAGCUGAUCCACGGAUGGUCGUCUGGGGCAACAAUCACUGGAGCCAAACAUAUCUUCAGCCUCUGCAGUGAGGUGCAUUUGGUCGAUGAAGGCAACUCAUCAUUGUGAUGUAUAAUGGCUCCUGCUCUGAGUGCUAUGUUGGGGUCAGGGGCCGUGGGGUCAGAGGUCGCCGGGGCGGCGUGGCUGGCUAAAGGGGAGCUGGCACUUGUAGGCACACUCACGGGACUCACGGCUUUUCUGCUGCUCUCUGUCCUCCUGCUGCUGUGUGCGAGCUGCCAGGGGCAGAAAAAAGGGGGGCCGCCAGGAGACCAUGAAAACCUGAUGAAUGGGGUGUCGGAAAAGGAAACAUGUAGUCAGUCAAUAGAAAGUCAUAAAACUGACUUGGCAGUCAGCAGCUCCCAUAAUGGACCUCUUACAAGUGGUACAGUACUCACGGACACAAUGGACACAAGUCCCCAGCCUUCUGAAGACAUGCUGUCCAGCCAAUCAGAGCUCAGAUCCUCUAAGUAUCACCAGGAUCGUGAAUUGCCCAGCAUUCCACCCACCGAUAACCUCAAAGCAGCUGUGGUCGAUGCUCAAGUUGCCUCAGGAGAGGGCACAUACGAGGUGGUGAAGGACUGCGCCUCCCGUGAUGUCAGUGUCGAGGACUGUCUGUACGAGACGGUGAAAGAGCUCAAAGACAUUGGCCUAUCCAACGGUACACUAAGCCCAGAGGAACCGCCUGUGCCUCUUCUCAAUGGCCACCCAAGCCCUGCUACACCAGACCACACCAUGCUGCCCAAUGGUGUCGAGUACGCCUCCGUCAACCUCAGCAAGAAGAGCCGCUACAGCACUGACCUGGAGGCCAGGCGCUCUGCCAACAUUGUGGCGUACACAGAUCCUGAGGAAGAAAAACCACCUCCCAUACCAAAUAAAGUACUGGAUGAGAAUGACAACCAGCAGAUUCCAAAUGGACAGUUACACUCCCCGGUAAUGACUCCAGAGCUUGACGACAAUGUAUCUCCGGACAAUGAGUUAUCAGACAUGUACUCCAAGCAAGUGAAGAAUACUGUAAAGGAAACUGAGAAUGACUACAGCAGCAUCGGAGAGAUCAAGGGAAUGGUGCCCGAGUCGACUUCCAGUGAUCUUUAUGCCACAGUUGGGGAUGAUUACCCAAUGGCUCUUGGCUCCCAGCCUCCGGACGGGAUCGCAGAGAAUGCAGACCCUGCGUACGAGACCAUCAAGAUCUCCAAAGCGACUGAAGAGGAUCAUCAGGGCAAUGGGAUCGGGGAACCUCACUAUGAGAGCGUGGGGGAACUGGGUCUGAACGGGGACAUCUCCCGUCUCUGACCACCCAUCUAGGGGACCGUGGACAAAGAGAACUCACUUCUCUGAGGUUUAGAAGUGGAAUUUGGGGUGGUAUCUUGAGAAUAAUGCACUUAACCUUUCCUGAUUGAAUGUUUUUCAGUCUAGCUUUUAUGCAGCCCAUUGUUUUUGAACAUUACUAAUGAAAGGGUUCAUUCAGACCCGUGACCCAGCAUAGGAAAUGAAACACUCUAGAGUCCCCAGAAGAGGGUUUGUUAUGCUUUUCAUGGGAAUAAUUGGCUUCUCGACAAACCUGAGAAGCCCCUAUAGAAGCUGUUUUCAUUGGCAUCAUGACAUGACAUACAUGUCUACAGCACUCUUUGCCAUGGCCAGUUUUGUCCCCAACACUUUCUGAAAUAGCUUCCAAUAGGGAUGUAUCUAAAACAGAGGUGGCAUCUCUAGUUGUUAAGCGAGAGUUUUCAGUGGAUUUGUGUGUUGUUAUAAUAAUGUCAGCACACAUGCCUGCUCAGAUAUGAGUAUAUGUUCUCUAAUCUAUCAUUUUUCCGUGGCUCGUUCCUGUUCUAGUGAAACCACAAAACAAACUGCAAAAUAAUUAUUUUCCCACUCUGGAUAUCCACUGAUGUAAAGCUGUAAUUAUGGUUAGAGUUCGAUUAGAACGGAUUAAAACCUCAAACCCCUCAUAUAGAAAGAAAUAAUUUUUGCUAGACCAAAGAUUCAGAAUUCAUAUGUAGGAAUAUACAGCGAGAAUGACUGCUGCAUCAAGAACGUAGCAACAAUGUGUGACAAAUGUAUUUGUUUAAAUUAUUUUAAGACACUUAUAAUGCUAAUGACUUUUCAGAUUUGACUCAAAAAUACUCUACUACACACUUGAUCGGUAAAUUACAGACUACUAAUUAGAACAGUAAAAUAUCAUAUAAUUUGCAUAUCCUAAUUAAUAUUCAGAAGUUAUGUGACAUAACAGCACAUCUGUGUAACCCCUUCCCACAUGUCCCCAGGACUUUUCAAAGCAAAGUCACACCAGUGGCUGUUGUCUUAUGAGAAAUAUUUUAUUCAUUGUGUACUAGUAGUUUCCAUGCUUUUGUAAGCUGCACUCUGCCUGCCCGAUAUCACGUGAUACUAGUUGAGCAACUGACGAGGUUGUGUCCUUAUAUAACCCCAAAAAGAGUCGGAUACAUUUAACAGCAGACCUCUCAGCUCAGUCCAUUAAGGAAGUACACCCAUUUUAAUCAUUCAGAACGGCUGGAGUGUUUUGUUUUUACAAGUAGUACGCAAGUGACGUUCACAAAACGCAUAUCAAAAUAUAAAAGAAGAACCUUUAAAUGUAGCCAUCAUUCUGAGCCGCUUAACGUGUUUUAUAAUUAAUGUGUCAACUGACCGGCUCAGGUGAGAAAGUGAUCUUUAAGGUACGCAAAGUUAAGCACUCAUUUAUGAGUGUACUAAAAGGGUAUUAAUGAAAAGUUGACCAUUUUCUGUUGCUGGUGUUCAGUUGUAUACGGAUUGCCAUUUGUGAUGUAAUUGAGCUAUGUUGCAUCAAUAUGUAUGUGUGAUUAUUUUUUUUAUUGACGCAGCUGUAUUGAUUAAGUGUAUCAGAUGCAUUAUAUAUUUCAGAUAUUGUUUGGUUUUUACAUAUAAUAGGUACGCAACAUUUCAAAAGGCUGAAAAGCACAGGGUGAAGGAGACAUGGUACUGCCACAAUGCAGCUUGUAAUUUAUGAUCCGGUAUGCAUUUAGCUGCUUUUACAUUCAUGUAGCAGUAUAAUCAAAAAGCAUAGCGUGUCCAGACACCGUAUGGGACAACUUCAUGCCAAGAGACACUUGUAAAUAUUCAAAUGACUAUUUUGAUCUGUUAAAUUAUAUCAGUUUAAGUAUGCUUCUGUAAUUAUUGGCAACAGCUCUCAAAUGACAGCAUGAGGACAUUUUAUGGUUUGUUUGUAUUGAGGAACUAAUGGAACUUUAAGAGUCAGUGGAAUACACGCUGUUAGAUUCAUUAUGCAUUUUUAAUUGAAUAAAGUUUAAAGACUGUCAAGGUUUAUUAACAUUCAGUAGCCUAAAAGCAGGAAUAUGUAUUGCUUUGGAAUUCUUAUUUUAAGAACUGGAUUGAGUCCCAAUGUUGUUCGUGUUUGCUUGUAAUGGUACAUUGUGUUGGUACAGGUUCCAUAUUGAGAAGAUCCUUGUUAUAGUUAAUAUCAUGGUGAAACUUUGUAUGUUUUGUUCCUCCCAUAACCAAAUUCUGUGUAUUUAGUUGUAAAUAAGAAUGAAUUUUGCAUUUGUUUAUUUCAUCAUAAUCUUUGUAUAGUGGUAUUUGCUUCUUAAACAAUAUAGUCAUGCUGGACUAAUA